GGCGGUGGAGGGGGCGGGUCGCGUCCGGCGCCACGUCCGCAGCCAGAGGCCGCCGUCGCCAACCGAGUGUUCUGGUUCCACAGCCAGAGGAGGCGUCUCCGGAGCUCGCAGUUGACCCAGGCUGUGCCAGCCGCUCAGGCCGCCUCAGCCCUCCUCGGUGCUGCCCGGUCUUUUCGCCCGGCCCCGGCGUCGGCCCCCGACCCGGCGGAAAUCAUGAAUCAGGCAGAUAAAAAUCAACAAGAAAUCCCAUCAUACCUUAGUGAUGAACCACCAGAAGGUUCAAUGAAAGAUCACCCACAGCAGCAACCAGGCAUGCUGUCUCGUGUGACUGGGGGUAUCUUCAGUGUUACAAAGGGAGCUGUUGGUGCCACCAUUGGUGGUGUGGCUUGGAUUGGUGGAAAGAGUCUGGAGGUGACCAAAACAGCUGUUACAACUGUGCCUUCCAUGGGAAUAGGGCUCGUGAAAGGGGGUGUGUCUGCUGUGGCUGGAGGUGUUACAGCUGUUGGGUCUGCUGUUGUAAACAAAGUGCCCUUAACAGGAAAGAAGAAAGACAAAUCUGACUAAAAUAUGGAGAUAUACUUGCUCUCCACAGCAUUAUGAUGCCAGUGGCAUUGAAUUGCUAAAUUAUGGACUACAACCAAGUCACCUGUUUUGGACGUUUAUCUUCUAACUGCUGUGUUGAAAGUAUUGAUGACUGACUGGCUUUUGUCGAAAAAGAAGAGACCAAUACUAGCACAGUGUAUGAAGGUUUCUCACACUCAAAUUCCAGCUUUUUAUCUGGUAAAAUGUUACAGUUAUUCAGUUGUAACUGAAAAUAUGGUAUAUUUGAAUAUUUACGACAUGUCUUUCAGUUUAACUAAAAAUGUGAAAGUUGAAUUUAGUGAAUGAUCUUUACAGUUCCAUAUGUAUAAUGUGCCAGGUAACUCAUUUGCCCCUUAAGAAGGGAACCUUGAACUACAUAAACUGUACCUUUGAUGUGCCUAAUAGUUUCAGAUGUCUUAGUUUUUUAAAUAACCAUAGUUGAUUAGACCAAGAGGCAUUCUUUUCUUAUUUAAGAUGGUAAAAGUAGCAGGAAUUAGAACAGUUUAAAAGAGAGAUUCAUGGUUUUAUGAGUAUUAACCAUCUUUUGUUAGAUAUGCAUUAUAUUAAUUUAAUCAUUGAUGCCUUACAAAAGAAAACAUCAUUUCUAAUACCCUAAAUAUGUGCAGUUGUCAGGAUUCUUUCAAAAGUUGUUUGUGAAAUUAUUUUUCCCUCAAGAAUCUCAGGAGUAGUGGGUUAAAGGAAUCUCUUGCUCUUAGCAGAUAAGAUAGUGCUUGUUAAGUGUCAGUAGUUGUAACCAAAUUGUAUGCUUCAGCUUUGGUUCAUGCUCCAUCAGUAAUAAACCUCACAGUGCCUAAGGAACAUUUCUUUGCUGGUCAGAAGCUAUGUUGGAACAGUUUCAUGGUGAGGAGGAAACAUAAUUUUAAGUUCUUAAAAAUUACCUGUAGCAUCCAAGAUAUAAAAAGAAUUUGUCAUACCUGUUUUUGUCUCAAGGAUGGCUCAAAUUAUUAGCAGUACUUCCUUUUAAAAAACACAGUAAAAGCAACUACAAACAUGUGGGGCUGACUUUUAAACUGAAUGGAUGGGCUCUAUACAUUAGUUUUGAAUGUAAAAUUUAUCUAAGUGCUUUCGAUGGUGACAGGCUUUUAAAAUAUUUUAUCUAACAAACAGUCCUUUAAAGCAACUGUAGACAUUGUACCAUUUCCUAAAUCACCUUCAGGCGGGGACUUGAAUAUUUUGGUUGUGGAUGAUAAGUGUGUCGUGUCUUAACAUCUCAUCAUGUCUCAUUCAUUCUCAAAGAAUGUGGCUUAGCUGGAAUUCAUCUUUUUUUGUUUCAUGUUAAGUUUCAUAAAAAUUACAAAAGUGGCAUAUAUAUAGAUUGGCAUUUCUCCAAGCCUGAAAAAAAUCCUAAUUUUUUAAUACUUAAGUCUGGAAAUUUGCCUCCAUUAUGCAUACUUUUUUUUUUUUUUUUAAAUGAUCAAGAGGAGGAAAGGAGGUGAUGCUCUGGAGUAAGUAAGUUAACAGCAUUCCUGAGAACUUAAAACAGAUCACUCCAGCACUCAAAGCUUAAAUGUUUAUUUGCAAACCAUGAAGAGUUUUACCUUAAUAAUGUGGAUCAAAUGGAUAAGAACAAAGCUUAACUUAUAAAAGCUUUCAUAGGUACCAGCAGGGGUUUAAGUAGGUCUACAAAGGUUUUUGAACAUUUUAAGCAUUUCUACCAUAUACAAAACUGAAACGUCAUGAGGGAGCUAAAUUAAUUAGAAAGUAAAUGGUCAUUUAUUUCAUCCAGCACAAUUUAAGGUAUAUUUGUUGGUAUAUCUGGUCAAAUGUCGUAAUUAACAAAGGGGAUUUUAAACUCCAAAAUUAAUGAAGAACACUGACUAAUGAGCUAAAUAAUGGUAUUGGAGAAUUUGUUUCCUGCUAUUUGAAAGAAAUUAUUGCUUCAUUGCUAGUUUGUAUUUCUAAAUUAUCUUACAUAGUCAUAGGCUCUGCUGUGCUUUGUAACUGAGUUUCUAAAUAUAGAUGUUAGUUUACUGUAUGAUUGCAAUAUUUAUUUUCAACUAUGCUUGUCUUUAAAAUUGCUUGAGGAAAAAUGGUUGUAAUAAUUUUUGCUACAGAAAAGCCACCUGGUACAAUUUAUCUCAUAAAGUUUGUUUUAAAUUUUAAACUAUAACUUUGUUCAGGAGAGGCUUUUGCAAUGAUAGCAGAGAAUUUAUGCAAAUGGACAGUUAGUUAUUGAGGUUCUUGUUGAAAUGAACUUGCCAUUUGAUGAUAUGUACAGCUGUACCCUUGGGUCCUUUCCAGCUUAUUUUCAUAGACUAGCAGUUUGAUCUGUUAAACAGUACUAGUUCAAGAAACUAAGGUUGUUGUAUUCACCUGGAGACAUCUUUUAUUCAUAUCCUUCAAGUGGGUGUUUGGCACAAGGAGGAUAAACUUACGUGACCCACUUGAAUGACUGAUAGAAUAACGUUGACAUUAUGAAAACUAUACUUAGUGAAAUGUCAGAUGAAAGUAACUGAUGAUUGAAUAAAAUUUUUUUGUAUUAAAGGAAUGGGAAAGGAAUACAUGAAUUUGUUAAUAAAGCACCAUGAUCUGCAUAAGAUGAACUGUUGCAUAAAGAUCUAAGGAAAUAAAGAAAAUUUUAAAACAGGGUAGUCUUAAAAUUUUAGUUACAUAGCAGUUCAGAAAGUACUGUAGUCAGUUUUUAAACCUUUUUGAUAACUAAUGUACAAACAUGACAAAUCAUCUCCGAAUAUGAAUUUUAAUGCCAACACAACAAUGAAAUGCAAAUAUACUUUUAACAACUCCAAUAAAAUAAAAUUAAGAUUU